UUGCAGCCGUCUGCGCGUCGUAGCUCGCCAGCAAAGUUUCGAACAUGGCCGUCGGGAAGAACAAGCGGAUUUCCAAGGGAAAGAAGGGAGGAAAGAAGAAGGCAGCUGAUCCGUUUGCCAAGAAGGAUUGGUAUGAUAUCAAAGCUCCAUCGGUUUUCACUACGAGAAAUGUCGGGAAGACUCUUGUUACGCGUACUCAGGGUACCAAGAUUGCUUCUGAAGGACUUAAACACCGUGUGUUUGAAGUUUCACUGGCUGAUCUUCAAGGAGGUGAUGAGGAUCAUGCUUACAGAAAGAUUCGUUUAAGAGCUGAAGAUGUUCAAGGGAAAAAUGUUUUGACCAACUUCUGGGGCAUGAAUUUUACGACAGACAAACUAAGGUCUCUGGUGCGCAAAUGGCAAACUCUGAUUGAAGCUCAUGUGGAUGUGAAGACAACUGACAAUUACACAUUGAGAAUGUUCUGCAUUGGAUUCACUAAAAGACGCCCAAACCAGGUUAAAAGGACUUGUUAUGCUCAAUCCAGCCAGAUAAGACAGAUACGCCGAAAGAUGAGGGAGAUAAUGACUGCCCAAGCAACAUCCUGUGACUUGAAGGGAUUAGUUCAAAAGUUCAUUCCUGAGAUGAUUGGAAAAGAAAUCGAGAAGGCAACAUCCAGCAUCUAUCCUUUGCAGAAUGUUUUCAUUCGUAAAGUAAAAAUCUUGAAGGCACCCAAGUUCGAUCUUGGAAAGUUGAUGGAAGUUCACGGUGAUUACUCGGAAGAUGUUGGUGUGAAAUUAGAUAGGCCGGCUGAUGAGACAAUGGCCGAGGCUACUCCGGAGGUAGUUGGAGCUUGAACAACAAGUUAUCUUGUUUUAUUCUGCUUCUAAGCGUUUCGUUGAUUGAUUUCCUUUUACCGGAAACUCGAGUAGAGAAUUUCUUGGUAUUUUUUAUGGUAUGGAUAAGAUUUUGCUGAGCAUUGAGUAGACAAUCUGUUACUCCUUGGAUACUUGUGUACUAGACGUUACAUCCAUACAGUUUACUUUUAAUAGUUCAAUCUUCUAUGUUUUAUUAA